CUCGUACUGUAGCUUGUGUGUCGCGCGCUCACAGCAGCCAAACAUAUAACGGUCCGCACUCCAGACACUGCACUGCAUCUGUCAAAAAGCCACUAAUCUGUCAAUCAGAAGCUGCAUCAUGGGAAGAAAAACAUAAGAUAAAAGGAGGAGUUUGGUAGUAAUACACACCAUGGCUGCCCAUCGCAUUCGAUCAGCGAACAACAACACUGUGCUUCCUCGCUGCAGAUCUGAAGGCGCACUAAUUGAUAUCAAUGAAGGCGUGUCAGAGGCCACCCUCACAGAUGUCAAAGUCCCUUCGCCUAGUUCUUUACGGCUGAAUGCUACUGCCUCAUUUGGAGCUGCCAGGGAAGUGAUUGCCAUUAAGGAUUACUGCCCAUCCAGUUUUACCACUCUCAAGUUCUCAAAAGGAGACUGUCUUUAUGUCAUAGACACAUCAGGUGGAGAGUGGUGGUAUGCACACAACAGCAAAGAGAUGGGGUACAUCCCAGCUGCCUAUGUCCAGCCGAUCAAUUAUCGAGACUCCUCAUUCAGCGACAGCGGCAUGAUUGACAGCAUAUGUGACAUUUCUGAGGGAGUGAAAGAAAUGGACAUCUCAGGGGACUGGACGGUGUCCUCCAAAACCACCAAAUUUAGAAAUGAAAAUCCUUUUGUUAAUAAACGCAUGUCAAAUAACCCAUUCUUGAACAGCACACUGCAAGACACCCCUGACCAAAACAGCAACCAAAAUUCAGCAAAUACCUUUUGCUUUAAUCAUUUCUCACCUCCCAUCUCAAACACCAGCAGCACUGUUAAUAUUAAUGGCUUUGAAAAUGGGCUGCUUGACACAAACAGUUUUAGCCUGAGCUCAGGGAUUGGUGUGGAUCUUCGUCGAGACAAUCCAUUUUUUAAGAACAAGCGCUGCUACAGCAUGUCAGAGCUGUCUGUCCUGCAGUCCCUGUCUGAUGGAAAUCAAGGUUCCUUGAGCUAUUUUGGCAGCAUGAAGUCACCUAAACCUGAGCAUUUUCAAAGUAGAGAGGACUUCAAAACCGCGUGGCUAAAUCAUCGUAAAUUUACGAGAUCCUGCCAUGACCUGGACUCAAUUGGACAAAACCCAGGAUGGGGGCAAACCCAACCAAUAGAGACGAACAUAGUCUGCAAACUGGACAGCUCUGGUGGAGCUGUGCAGCUACCAAAUACCAGUAUCAGCAUACAUAUCCCUGAGGGUCAUGUUGCACCAGGAGAGACUCAACAGAUAUCUCUGAAGGCCCUUCUGGACCCACCGUUGGAGCUUAACAAUGAUAGAUGCACUACUGUGAGUCCAAUGGUAGAAAUAAAACUCAGUAACAUGGAAACCAAGACCCCAGUCACUUUAGAGAUGAAGGUGUCUGUUGUGGUGAAGAUAGAGAGCCGCAGAACGGCAGAGGUAGUAUGCAUAAGAAGCGACUGUAAAGAAGGUCCAUACAUCCCAAUACCACAUGCAUACAUGUAUGGGGACACAGUACAAGUGACCCUGGACAAUUUAGAGCCUUGCAUGUAUGUCUCUGUGGUGGCCCAGGCACAAACAGUGGCUCCUUACCACACAGUCUGGGAACAUGUUGUAAAAAAGGUCACUCUUGGGGUGUAUGGCCCAAAACACAUCCAUCCGUCUUUCAAGACAGUGGUGGCCAUUUUUGGCCAUGACUGUGCCCCAAAGACAUUGCUUGUGAGUGAUGUCAAAAAACACUCACAGUCAACUACACCUGUGGUCCUCCAGCUCUGGGGAAAGCACCAGUUUGUAAUGGCAAAACCUCAAGACCUUCAGGUUGGCAUGUAUUCAAACAUGUCCAAUUUUGAAAUAAGAGCCAACGAACAGGCCAAGACCGUCAGGGGGUUUCAAAUCAAACUUGGCAAAGUGGCUCGCCUUGUCUUCAUGAUCGCAGCCCGCGAUUCUACAGACAUUUCAGACUUUACAUUGCGAAUACAAGUCAAGGAUGACCAAGACUGUAUUCUGGCCCAGUUUUGUGUUCAAACCCCAACCCCACUACCAAAAACAAGCACAAGAAGCUCCGUUCAAAGGCGCUUUCUAAAGAAAAAGGAAGUGAACAAAAUUGUACUGUCUCCUCUUGCAGCAACCACAAAGUAUCCCCUAUUUCAGGACAGAUUAGUCAAAAACUUGAAAUUUGCUAAAUUGCUGAAAACAGUCGUAAGACAGUCCAAAAGCCUGUAUUUGCUAGAGUAUCUUAAAGGUGACGUAAUGACUAUUGUAAGUGAGGAAAAAAUCAAACUUAAAGGACAUCUAUGGACAAAGGAAUGGUAUAUCGGAUACUACCAUGGAAGAAUUGGAUUGGUCCAUGCAAAAAACAUUCUUAUCAUGGGAAAAGUGAAACCUGUUAAUUACAAAGGGUCUGAUCUUACGACUACAGUGCUGUUAGAGCAGAUCCUGAAGCCCUGCAUGUGUCUGACGUACAUAUAUGCAUCGGUUCGGACAAUACUGAUGGAAAAUGUGGCAAGUUGGAGAGGAUUCGCUGAUGCUUUGGGCUACGUCAACUUGCCUUUGACACAUUUCUGCCGGACGGAGCCAGACAGUGAGCCAGAAAAGGUAGCUUGUGUUCUUGAGAAGCUUAAGGAAGACUGCAAUGCAGCUGAGGGCAAGGAGAGGAAGUCUUUUCAGAAGGAGCUCAUGAAGGCUCUUCUGAAGAUGGACUGUCAGGGUCUGGUGGCUCGGCUGGUCAUGGACUUUGUGCUGUUGACCACUGCCGUAGAAGUGGCGGGUCGCUGGAGAGAACUGGCAGAGAAGCUGGCUAAAGUUUCCCGGCAGCAGAUGGAAGCCUAUGAAGCUCCACACAGAGACAGCAGAGGACAGCUGGACAGUGAGGCCAUGUGGAAACCCGCAUAUGACUUCCUGGUGACAUGGGCAGCCCAGAUUGGGGACAGCUACAGGGAUGUGAUUCAGGAGCUUCACACUGGACUGGACAAAAUGAAGAACCCCAUCACCAAACGCUGGAGACACAUCACUGGCUCCCUCAUUCUCGUCUACUGUCUGGAUCUCCUGCGGAGCUCCGCCUUCAGCCCAUCCCCUCAGGAUGACUGUGCCAUAUAAAGACUUCCUCCACCAUCUGACUCUUACAAGACCUACAAGCACCUGGGACUUUUACUUUGUACAUUGGCUUUAUUUUUUGGCGUUGUUGUUGCACAACAUUGCACACUAAACACUUGAAUUUUUAUAAAUGUCUUGUAUAAUAAUAUACGAUUGUUCACUUUUUUUUUUAAUUGCUCAUUGCUACUUGUGAAUUUGUAAAUUUUGUACAAAAGGCACAUGUUUAUGUUAUUGUUUUCCACUAAUUCUCAUAAGAUAUAUAUCAAAGAACAAUUUUAGAAAUCUUACACUAUACAUGAUAAUAUAAUGCUUUGUGUUUUUCUGUGUUGUUUUUGAGAUAUCAAAUACACUGCAUGAUAAACUACCUGUUUCACUUUGCUAC